AUGCCUUCAUCUUCUAGUCUAGAGAGAGAGAUAGACGACUACCAGGACGGUUCUUCUGAGAGUGACGGUAGUGUAGAUAGUUCGUCCUGUAGUGACUCCUCAGACGAGCAUUACUCGUCUGGGGUUCCUGGCAUUCCCUUAGAGGAAUUUCAGGAACAACGACAUAGGGCGGCUUUUGGAUCUGGGGCUAGCUCGUCCAGACAGCCAUCAAGUCCUCCUCAAGACGAGGAAGAGGACGAAGAUGUAAUCUAUAGUUGUGCCCCAGAGGUAGCAUCCACCUUAGACGGUGCUAAGUUAAAAACUCUUGUAGAUAGAUACCAAAUCCCUAAAGAGCUUAACCCUCGUCUACCCCAGCCUGGAGAAUGGUGUUGUUCCCCUUCCUCUGGCUUAGGGGUAUACGCUUCUUACCUAUUAGCUGGCCUUAGGUUUCCCUUAAACUCUUUCUGCAGAGACCUCUUCCAAAGGUUGGGUAUUGGGCCAAACCAGCUCAACCCCAAUGGUUGGAGGACGAUAGUUGCCAUGCAAAUAUUAUGGCGUGAGGCAUUGGAAGGGAACCGUCCAAUUACAGUGGACGAGUUCCUUUACUGUUAUAAGCCCUCAGAGAUCAAAAAAUCUGCUGGGUUCUACCAGUUCUCGUCCAGAGGUUCAUAUUACAGUUUAAUAACGGGCCGUAGUUCGUCUGACCGGCUUUGGAAAAAAGAAUUUUUUAUUAUUUCUGGAAAUUGGGCUGGGGACCCAGCUGAUGUGGGUAUUCCCCUCUUCCCUCCUUUUACCAGCCCUCUAGGUCGUCUUCGUCCUGAGGCUGUCGUUCGUCCACGUUUGGAUAAGUUUUUCUUGGAUCAGAUAGAAGUGGUUCGCACUUUUCCAGGAAGGACUUUCCACGACUUGGUUACUUUUUCUCGUCUAGCAACUUGGGGACUCGGUCCAACUCCUACUGCUGAGAAUUUAAGUCACGAGGAGCUCACUCGUCGAAGAAUAAGCACGAUGAGGGAAAACAAGGAGAAAACAGUGGCUAGCGGGGACGAGGAUGUUGCUGCCCCUACUGCUAAAGUGGCUUCCGUCCAGGCUGGGAAGAGGAAGUCUAAAUCAAUCUCGAGUACUGUGGAUCUGGACGACCUCCCCAGUCGUCGUGGCCACAAAAAACAAAAACCAAGGACUUCCCUUCCAAAGGUUCCCAAGUUCGUGCCACCAACAGUGAACUUGGACGAGCCUGUGGUGGACGUGGAGCCCGUCCAAACGGUUCAUCCUGUUCCGUCUGAUCCUCCCCCUGCUCCCAAAACUUCUCACAAGUCUGGCUCGUCUGAAUCCUCUGAUCGUCCCUCUAAUUUGGUUCUGGACGAGGGUUAUGCAUGGAGGACGUUCAAAGGGAUCGUCACUGAUCAUGAGGUUAACGAAUGUUACAACAUGUCAGUGAAGGAGUUUGAGCGUUCUGGCAUCCAUGACCUUUUCAAGGCUAUGUCAAAGUUUUAUACAGCGACCUGCCAGGCCAAGGAGCUUGCUACAGAGGCCAAGACAGCCAAGGAUAAGGCUAAGGAGCUGGGCCAUGAGGUUUUGCUCAAGAAGGGGGAGGUCAUUAGGUUGACAGAGGAUUUUAAUCGUCUGCUGGGAAGCGAGACGAAGUUGAAGAACGAAGUAGAGGAGCUCAAAGCUGACAACUUAGAGAAGGAUACCCGCAUCGUCCAUCUCGAGGGACAAGUUUCAGAGCUUACCUCGUCCUUGGAGAAGGCACGUGAGGAAGCAAUUGCUGCCUUUAAGAAGUCUGACGAGUACAAGAAUCGUCUAGACAGUCAUUAUGCAGCUGGGUAUGAAGACUUCCGUGCUGAUGCCAAGAGGCAGAGUUCCGCGUUGCAGACGAGUUCCGAGGACGUCAACAUCAUGGACGAUGCUAACACUGAAGUCAUUCAGGACGAUCCCAAGACGAGCUUGCCCAAGUGA